AUGAAAAAAGAGACGGAGUCUCUGAGAAUGAGCGUGUUGCAAUUUACACUGUCGAUCUUAGCGCUCGCCGGAUGCUGGCGACCGUUUUCGUGGACCUCGUUGAUCAAGCACACGCUGUACAACUUCUACACGUUACUGGUGAUCAGCGUGAUGUACAGCUUCACGUUCUCACAGUUCAUGGAGAUCGUAUUAAACGUCAAUAAUCCUGACGACUUCACCAACAUCUUGUACUUGAUGAUGGCGAUGGUCGUCGCGUGUUACAAGGUACACACCAUGUGGGUGAAUCACGAGAGCUUUGUGGUGUUAAUACACAAGCUUAACGAGGGGACGUUCAAGCCUUUGGUGCCUGCCGAAAGAGAGAUUCGACGGAAAUUCGACCAGAUGAUACGGACCAACGCGAUGAUCUACGCGAUUCUGAACGAGAUCACGUGCGCGGACAACGUCUUGGUAUCGUUGCUGACGAAUUUUCGAAAUAGGAAACUGACAUUCCCUGAAUGGCUGCCGUACGAUUACUCGCCGUUCGUGAUAUAUUGCCUCACGUACACCUAUCAGUAUGUAAGCGUGCUCGCCGCAUCGCACGUUAACGUCGCCUGCGACAAUCUCAUUGUUGGAUUGUUACUGCAUGUGUGUUGCCAAAUUACCAUUCUAAACUACCGUCUGAAAAAUAUCACGAGUCACAACGCUCUGAACUACUGCGUGCGUCAUCACUACGAUAUAAUAGUGUAUGCGCGUACGGUCAACAUGAGAUUCACGGGAAUCAUUUUAUUUCAGUUCGUGACAAGCACGUUCGUGGUGUGCGCGAAUUUAUACCAGCUCACGAAAACGACCAUAGGCAUGUAUCACAUCGCUCUGCUUACAUAUACGUUUUGCGUAAUGGCGCAAAUCUUCCUCUACUGUUGGUUCGGCAACAAACUCAAAGUGACGAGCCUGCAGGUGCUCGACACCAUUUUUGAGAUGGAAUGGACGGGGUUGGAUAAUAAAAUCAAAAAAAGUCUCUUGAUAGUCAUGAAUCGCGCGAUGGUACCGAUCGAAUUUACCAGCGCGUACCUCCUCAACAUGAAUCUCGACUCUUUCAUGGGAGUUAAAGCUGGUGACACACGUCAUAUAACUGUACAAGUUGGCACGCGGUUUAUUUAUUUAUUUAUUUUCUCUUUUGUUUGUUGUUUUACUAAAGAGCCGGAGAUGCGUGUUUUGAAAUUGACAUUUAUGUUAAUUAUGCUCAGCGGAUGUUUCCGACCGUUAUCAUGGUUGUCGCGAUUUAAACGUAUUAUUUACAACGUCUAUCGGACAUUAAUAUUUAUUGUAAUGUACACUUUCGUGAUGUUACAACUCAUAGACAUCGUGCUGAACGUCGACAACCCCGACGACUUCACCGACAAUUUGUACAUGAUGCUGAAUGUGUUUGUGUCCAGCUGCAAAUUGCUUAUCAUGUGGAUAAAUUACGAGGAUAUCGUAAUUAUAAUAAACAGACUCACCGAGGAACCGUUCAAGCCGUUGGACUCGGGCGAAAUGGAGAUCCGUCAAAAGUUUGAUAUGCUAAUUAGGUCUAACACGUUAUGUUACAUGCUUCUAAUCGAGACAGCGUGGACGUUUUGCGGACUCGCGUCGUAUAUCAUCAAUUACAGACACCGCACGUUGAUAUACCGGCAAUGGGUGCCGGACGUUUAUUAUUCGUCUCACAUAUUGUACGUCGUCGUCUACUUUCAUCAACUUUUGGGCACAUUUUAUUGCGCCAACGUGAAUAUCGCCUGCGACGUAUUUAUUUGCGGUCUCCUGAUGCACGUGUGUUGCCAGUUAGAGAUCUUGGAGUAUCGCUUGAAAAGCAUCAGUCAAGACACGUUGAGCUACUGCAUACGCCAUCACAACAGCAUACUCGAGUUCACCCGUCUCGUCAAUACAAUAUUCACGUCGAUCAUUGGGUUCCAAUUUGUAGUGAGCAUGCUAAUAAUGUGCUCGUGUCUAUUUCAACUGAGCAAAUCGUCCAAUCCCUCGUUAAUGGCUUAUAUGAGCUGCAUUCUGACGGAGAUCUUUAUCUACUGCUGGUUCGGAAACAAGGUGAAAUCGAAGAGUCUUCAAUUGGCGGACAGCGUUUUCCAAACGCAGUGGCUAACGUUGACCAAUAGUCUCAAAAAGAGCCUCCUAAUAAUUAUGAAACGCGCGACAGUGCCUAUCGAGAUCGUCACCGCGUACGUUAUCCCCUUGAAUAUAGACUCCUUUGUAGCAUUCAUGGACAUCAUUCUGAACGUCGACAAUCCCGACGACUUCACUGACAAUUUGUACAUGAUGCUAAACGUGUCGGCGUCCGGCUACAAAUUGUUUAUCAUGUGGAUAAAUUACGAGGAGAUCACAAUUAUGAUUAAGAAGCUCACCGAAGAACCCUUCAAGCCGUUGGACCCGGGCGAAAUAGAGAUCCGUCGCAAGUUCGACGCGAUAAUUAGGGCAAACACGUUGCGCUACGCGAUACUAAUUGAGACGUCGUGGACAUGCACCGGAUUGACGUCGUUGCUCGUCGAUUUCAGGCAAGGGAGGUUAACCUAUCGAGAAUGGGUGCCGUACGAUUACUAUUCGUCUUACGCGUUGUUUUUCAUCACGUACUUUCAUCAGUUUUUAAGCACGUUCUACUGCGCCACCGUGAACGUCGCCUGCGACACCCUGAUAUGCGGUUUCUUGAUGCACGUGUGCUGCCAGAUGGAAAUCCUGGAAUAUCGCUUGAAGAAGAUCAGCCAACAUAAUCUGAGCUACUGUAUACGUCAUCAUAACAGCAUAUUCGAGUUUGCGCGGGCGGUAAACGCGAGGUUCACGCAGAUCAUCGGAUUUCAGUUCAUGACGAGUACACUGAUAAUAUGCUCCAAUUUGUUUCAAUUGAGCAAAUCGACUGUAAGCGCGGAUAAUAUCGAGCUGAUCAUGUACACAUGCUGCAUGAUGACGGAGAUAUUUAUCUAUUGCUGGUUCGGAAACAAAGUUAAGUCGAAGAGCCUUCAAUUAGGAGAUAGCGUUUUCCAAACGCACUGGCCAACGUUGAAUAAUAGCGUCAAGAAGGGCCUCCUGAUCAUUAUGAAACGCGCAGCCGUGCCUAUCGAGAUAGUUACCGCGUAUAUCGUCCCUCUGAACUUGGAUUCCUUUGUAUCGGUCGGUAUACAAAAUUUUACACACGAUAAACCAUCAAAUCGACUACUGAGGUUGACUUUCUUCCAUCGAUUCCGGUUAAUCUUAGCCGACGGUUAA